UCAUGCUGCUGCCAGGUCCAGAGUGUGUCAUGGGGUGCUGUAUGGCCUCCCAUUGCUGCUGCCAGGCCCGUAAUCUGCCAUGGGCCCCCGUACCGACUCCUCAUGCUGCUGCCAGGCCCGUAAUCUGUCAUGGGCCCCUGUACCGCCUCCUCAUUCUGCUGCCAGGUCCAGAGUGUGUCAUGGGUCCCUGUACGGCCUCCCAUUGCUGCUGUCUCCAUCGCCACACUCUGCCAUGUGCCACUUUCAGGUCUCCUCACACUGCUGGUGGGUUCCAUUUGUCAUAGGGUGCUGGCAGAUUACGGGCCUCCCAUUGCUGCUG